AUCCUUGAACUGGUAUCUGCAUCGUAAUUCUUAUGUGAGUUAGGUCAACCCGUCCUACCUUAUAUUUAUCGCUUUCGGGGCCUCGUCGCGAAGCGACGUGUCGUCAGCACGGCAUCGAGCUACGUGUCAUUGGUGGUUGCGUGUCGAGAUUCGGCCGUAAUGGCACUCCCCGCCGCCCUACCAGUCGCGCUAGUAGGAGCUACGCCAAGCACGCUACUAACCACCAGGCGUUCACAUGCAACUAUCUCGCGGUCCAAGUGCUGCUCCCUAAUCUCCCCUCGGAGAAUAAGCAGUCAACGAAACGAAUGCAGUCAACGCAGGCAAGCCAGGCCGGCAGUACACUGUCGAAGAGGGCUAGUGGCUCUUAGCAGUUUCGAGGCGCCUCAAAUCUCGCAGGAGGCUAGUACGGCCGCAGACUCGGGUAUCUCCACAAGCCGCGAUAAUAGCCUCGAGAUCUCCGCGUCUCGGAGCGCCGAUGAGUCUUCGCGGCGCACGCAGCUCGAUCAGAAUCUCUUAGGACUUUCCCCGAAAGUUCGUGAGGAUUUCCAGAAGGAUUCUCUAAGAUCACUAUUCCAACAGGCGGAUCCUCUUUUCGCGCCGCGAUCUGUCCUCGCAGCGGCCGCCGCGCUCACCGCGGCGACGGCUCUUGUCGUCUUGCACGCGGAUAGCGCCGCCGCUGCUGACGUUGCCGCCGCCACCGCCACCGCCGUUGCUGGCGGCGACGCGGUUUCGGCCGCCACGUGGACCAAUCCCCUUCAGCAGGUCGUGGCGGCGGUGGAGCAAGGCGGCGAUGCGGCCGGGCCGCUAGGCGGCGCCGUCUAUUUCGCCGCAGCGUACGCCAUAGCCGCCGUGCUCCUAGUCCCCGCCUCCAUCCUAACUCUCGCGUCGGGUUACCUCUUCGGAGCCGCGCGCGGCACGGCGAUCACUCUAAUCGCCGCGACCCUCGGCGCGUCGGUGGCGUUUCUCGUCGCGCGAUACGCGGCGCGGCCGUUCGUGUCGCGGCAGCUCGCCGGGCGGCUCGGCGAGGGGCGGUUCGAGGCGCUGGACCGCGCGAUCUCGGUGGGCGGGUGGCGGAUCGUGCUGCUGUGUCGACUAUCGCCUAUCUUUCCGUUUUCGAUCUCCAACUACGUAUUCGGAAUCACGGGCAUAGGCUUUUUCGAGUACGUGCUCUCAUCGACCCUCGGCAUGCUCCCUGCCACUUUCGCCUAUGUCUACCUGGGGGGGGCGGGGAGAGUGGCUCUCGAUGCGGUUACCGACGCAACUGGUAAUGCUGCUGCCCAAUCCGGGUUGGAUCCGGUGCAGGUGGGGCUGUAUGUGGUGGGGGCGGUGGCAACUGUGCUGGUAACCAGAGAGGUCUCCUCCCGUGCCACCAAGGCGCUAGAGGAAGCAGCGGCUGACGCUUCUGCUGGUGCUGCUGGUGCUGGUGGUGCUGCUGGUGCUGCUGGUGCUGCUGGUGCUGCUGGUUCUGGUGUUGUUUCCACUGGUAGCGCUGCCAGUGCUGAUGGAAGCUUAGGCAAGGAUGAAUAAAUCUGCUGCUGCUGCUGCUGUUGCUGCUGCUACUGCCGCUGCCCAAUCCAGGUUGGAUCCGGUGCAGGUGGGGCUGUAUGUGGUGGGGGCGGUGGCAACUGUCCUGGUAACCAGAGAGGUCUCCUCCCGUGCCACCAAGGCGCUAGAAGAAGCUUCCGCAGAAGCUGCUGCUGGUUCCGCUUUUGGUUCUGCUGCUAGUUCUGCUGCUGCUAGUGGUGCUGCUGCUGAUGGAAGGGUGGGGAAGGAGGAGUGAUUCUGCUGCUGCUGCUGGUGACGGUGGUGGCGGUAACCAGAGAGGUGUCGUCCCGUGCCACCAAGGCGCUGGAAGAAGCUUCCGCAGAAGCUGCUGCUGGUUCCACUGCUGGUUCUUCUGCUGGUUCUGCUGCUGGUUCUGCUGCUGGUUCCACUGCUGGUUCUGCUGCUUUUUCUGCUGCUUUUUCUGCUGCUGGUUCUGCUGCUGGUUCUGCUGCUGCUAGUGGUGCUGCUGCUGAUGGAAGGGUGGGGAAGGAGGAAUGAUUCUGCUCCUGCUGCUGCUGCUGCUGGCUGUAACCAGAGAGGUGUCGUCUCGUGCUGCCAAGGCGCUAGAAGAAGCUUCCGCAGAAGCUGCUGCUGGUUCCACUGCUGAUUCUGCUGCUGAUUCUGCUGCUGGUUCUGCUGCUGGUUCUGCUGCUGCUGGUGAUGGAAAGGUGUGCACGGAGGAAGAGUUCUGCUGCCGGCUCUGCUGCUGCAGCUGCUGCUGCUGCUGCCUCUACUUCUGCUGCUGCUGCCUCUACUUCUGCUUCUGCUGCUGCUGCUGCUGCUGCUGCUGCUGCCUCUACUUCUGCUGCUGCUGCUGCUGCUGCCUCUACUUCUGCUUCUGCUGCUGCUGCUGCCUCUACUUCUGCUUCUGCUGCUGCUACUUCCUCUACGUCUGCUUCUGCUGCUGCUGCUGCUGCUGCAUCUGCUGCAUCGACCCGGUCUUUAUUGUGACUUUUUUCGGGGUGCAGUUUCAUCCAAUGGUUCACAUCCAACGGUUCACAUCCAAUGGUUCACAUCCAACAGUUCACGUCCAACAGUUCACUUCCAGUCCAGUCGCCAGCUCAGAGCUUGUUGCUUGUCCACUUAUUGCCAGAUCACUCUGCAUCGUCGUGGUACUGCUGGUCACGUUGUCUGUAACAUGUCACCUGUUUGAAUUUCGGUGCACCCUUGUCUAGCUAUACAUGGUGUUGGGAAUACCUCGAAGACUGAAGCGUUUCUGAAGAGUAACACUACACUCGAGGAAAGUCGUAUCUGUUAAAAUUAUAUAAGUUAUAAUUUAUAUAGGCUUGA